AAGUUACGAAUUUUAUUUUAUUGUCUUCGUUCGUCUCUCUCUGUGACUGCAACACCAAAGGAAGUAAUGUAAAUAAAAAGACUUUACUGUAAAUAAUAAUUGAAAUACUUAUCUUUUCUUUUUAUUCACGUUAUGGAAGCCUGAAUUAACCAACAGAUUUGUCGAGAUGGUUAUUUCACCACAAAGUCCCGCUAGUGAAAGCCAACCAGCACAAGCAAGAAAAUCCAACAUGGCGUCUAAACAAAGUUCAGUUGCAGAUACAAGGGCUGAACUAGCAGAAUUAGUGAGAAAGAAAACUGAAGUAGCUGAAACACUAGCAAAUCUUGAACGCCAAAUUUAUGCCUUUGAAGGGUCAUAUUUGGAAGAUACUCAAUUAUAUGGAAACAUAAUUCGUGGUUGGGAUAGAUAUCUUACCACUAAUAAAAGUACAAACUCCAAAGCAGACAAGCGCAACCGAAAAUUCAAAGAGGCAGAAAGACUGUUUUCAAAGUCAUCUAUUACAUCCAUUGCGGCAGUCAGUGGCCUUGUUGAUCCUGCAGAAGCAAAAAAUGACAGGAAUAGUGAAACAGAGUCUCAAACAAAUGAGGAUUCAUCAGAUACUCAGAUAAGCUCCGGUUUGAACAUUGGAGCUCUGAAUCACACUACUAUUCAUGGUUCUACUGAAAGUAUUGCAUCCAAGCCUUCUGGUAAACAACACACAAAUGGUAACAUUGACAAAGUGAUAAGUCAUGCUCAAAUGAAACAAAAUGCUACUCAAAAGAUUGUGGCAUCAUCAGGGAUAUUGCAAAAGCCAUUUAGCAGUGAAAACAAAAUGUUGUCUGCAGUUGGGCUAGAUAGUCGUCCUGGAACCCCCAAAGAGAAAGAUUCUGUCAUGGGAUUAUUAAACAAAGUUGACACAACACCAAAUGCUUUAAAACAUAAACUCGCAAAUAGCAAUGGCAGCAGCAGUGUAAAGAAGAGCAAUAAUAAAAAAGCAAGGCAUAGAUAAGAUUUUAUAGGAAGGGAAGUUAAUUCCUAAAAAGUGGCUAUUAUUUUUAAUGAAUUGAAUUGAUAAUAAGUCUUCAUUAACCAGGUGUAAAAAGAACUCAAAUUUUCACCAACAUAUUUUAAAAGAAUGAAAACUAAAUGUGUUGCCUCAAACCACAAUUUGUGGUGGUAUCAUGUGUACUUGCCAACUGCUUAUUAUUUAAAUUGAAUUAAUGAUGAACUGGUGAUUCACAAAUAAAACUAGAAAUGAUUAAUAAGUAUAUUAUUGGCGUCUUUGGUGUUAUGUUGAUAUAAAUAAAUUUUACUUAUGGUAAAUA